AUGUCAACGUCAUCAUUAGAAAUAAGAGCAAAUCAGAAUCAAUUAACUCGUUCACCUAUAUCCCUAUCAUUCUCUGAUGUGCCAGGAUCACGUCACAGAAUUUUAAUAGACAUUGCAUGUAUAAUAAUAACUUUAUUAUCACUCGCUUUGUUUAUAACAUUAGCCGCGUUGACUGGUUACUACGCGGAUAUUGAAGAUUAUGAAACUGCAAAUAAAUUCUUUACCUCUCAAAAUCUUGUUUGGCCUGUAUGGGGUUCCAUUUACAUGAUUAUUAUGUUAUACCUUUGGGUUAAAUUUGUUGGUGUUGCUUGGGAUAAUAUGUCGGAUUUGAACCGUGCUCACGCUAUUAGAAGUGCUGAACUUCAAACUAAAUUUGAUCAACUUAAACGUGGUUGUAAAAAUUUAUCUAUUCCUGUAAUUGGGCAAACUGUCACUGCAUUAAUUUGUCUACCUGCAUUUUUGCUCUAUGGAUUAUUUCAUCGAACGAAUACCAUCUUUAAUUUUAACAUUAACAUUUUAUAUCUGUCUCCACUCUCAUCAACAAGAUCAAUCAUAAAAGAUGCUGAUCAUGACAAUUCUGGAAAAUAUAGUCAAUCUAAUGAUCGAAAGCAAGAAGAAACUGAUAAUGAUAUAAUAAGUGAAGUCCGUGAAAAGUUAAAAGAUGAUGACCCAAUAUAUUUCAAUUUCAUAAAACCAAAACAUCAUCAUCGCCAUCAUAGUUCAUUUGGAGGUUCUACCAUCGUUAAACAUGGUGAUCAAUUUUUCACAAGUCCUUAUCCUUCAAAUUUUAAUGACAAUGAUACUGUCAAUAAUUCAGUUAUUGGUAGUAGUAGUUCAAUUCCAUUUAUUAAUACAAAUAUUACAACUACAAAUGAUUCUUUAAAAAAAAUUCCUCAAAACUUUCGUCGUCAAUCUGAUUCUUCAUUAUCUAAACAACAAAAACAAAGACGUUCUCCAUCUACUUCUCCACUUUCUUUACGUGGUUUAACUGAUUCUAUUCAAAUUCCUAAAGAAAUUGUUCAUCAAGAAAUGGUCCUUUCGGAAAAUCCUUUAUCUCCUUUAUCUCCAUCAUCCACAAUUUUUGAUAGAAGACGUAGUGGAAAUCAACGUUUAAAGGAAUGGUUGUUGAAAAAACCUACUCCUGCUAUUCCUAGACCUCAAAGACUUGAUAGUUAUAAGGAAACUCCUGAAAGACUUGAUAGUCAUAAGGAAACUCCUAAAAGACUUGAUAGUUAUAGGGAAA